GUGAAGAAGCUUCCAAGGGUUGGGCUGUUCGCCCAUUAAUAGCGGUACGUGAGUUGGGUUUAGAACGUCGUGAGACAGUUUGGUCCCUAUCUGUUGUGGGCGUAGGAAAUUUGCGAAGAUCUGCUCUUAGUACGCAAGGACCAGAGUGGACUGACCAAUGGUUCACCAGUUGUCAUGUCAAUGGCAUGGCUGGAUAA